AUGUCUACUACUAGAAGAGGGGGUAAUUUGAGUCUUAAACUGGAUAUCUCACAAGCAUAUGAUAUUAUCAGUUGGGAAUUUUUGUAUAGAACUAUGAAGAAACUUGGUUUCUCUGCUAAAUUGUGUAACUGGAUUUUGGUGCUUCUUAAAUCUUCAAAAAUCUCUAUUAUGCCAAAUGUUGGCCCAAUUGGUUUUUUUGGCAUUGGUAGAGGGAUCAAGCAAGGUGAUCCCCUUUCUCCCAUUUUGUUUAUAAUUGUUGAAGAUGUCCUUAGUAGAAAUAUUCAGAAAAUGGUCACUGAGCAGAAAAUUCAACCAAUGGUGAUUAGGAAUGGCAUUCAUCCUACCUAUUUAUUAUUUGUUGAUGAUAUCUUAUUAUUUUGUAAUGGGAGUAUGAGAAGUAUUACAAAUUUGAGAUAUUUACUUGUUGAUUAUCAAGCUGCUUCUGGUCAAGUGAUAAAUGCUGCUAAAAAUAGAUAUUUGGGUGUUAUGCUGGUGCAAGGUAAAAUUAAAUCUAUUCAUUUAUGGCACCUAGUGGAGUAUAUGCAAUCCAGACUCACUGCUUGGAGUGGGAAUGCUGAGGAGCAAAAAUGUGUCACUUUAAAAUGGGAUAAAGUUUGUUCCCCUGUGGAGGAAGGUGGCCUUGGUAUAAGGAAGCUUGAAGAUAUGAACAAAGCCUUAUUGAUGAAGUUCAUAUGGAAAAUGUUAAACUCUCAAGAGGAAUGGGCUAGGUUGUUUCUUUCUAAAUAUAAAUACAAAGAAGAUGGUCAAUGGUGUAUUCCAAAAGAUUUACUUCAAUUCUUUAAUGCUGCUCAAUUACCAGUGAUAAAAUCAGGUGAUGAUUUGUUGAUUUGGACAAAUUCUCACUCAGGUUGCUUUACUGUCUCUGAUGUAGUAAAGAAAAUCAGAAAUCCCAUGCCUAAGCUCCACUUGUACAAAAAGAUAUGGAAUGCUGCUGUUCUUCCCUCUGUAUCAGCUAAUGUUUGGAAAAUCACAAGGGAAAUUUGUCCUAUCGAUGAAAAUUUGAGAAAGAAGGGUUUUCAGUUUGCUUCUAGAUGCUUCAUAUGUCAUCAUGGGGAAGACUCAAUGAACCAUAUUCUCUGGCACUGCAACUUUAGUAAAAAUUUAUGGAGCUGGUUGGGAGGUAUUUUCCAUUUUCUUAACCCUUUAUCUUUUGAAGAUGUAUUGAAACUUUGCAAGCAUGCUAGUCCCAUCAUCAAAGACCUCUGGAUUGUUUGUUCUUAUACUUUUAUGACUGAAUUAUGGCUCUUAAGAAAUGAAAUUUUUUAUGAUGAUGAAAAACCUGACCUUGUCAAGAUGAAUAAUAAGAUAAAGAAGAUGGCACAUGACUGUGAAUGUAGAAUGAAAGGAACCAUGUGGGGCUCUGACACUAAAGUAGUCAUUAUGCAGUAUUUUUUGAUUCAACCCAGGAACUUGAGAAGGUUUAGAAUUAUUGAAUUUUUCUUGUAUCUUCCUAGUGGUGAGGACAUUCUUCUAUGUUGUGAUGGUGCCUCUAGAGGCAAUCCUGGUACUGCUGGUUAUGGCUUUAUUGCCAGAAAUCAAUAUGAGGAUUUUGUGAUUGCUGAAUCUGGAGGUCUUGGGGUGACUACCAACUAUGUUGCAGAGUUUUACGCAAGCAUUAGAUCUAUGGAAUGGGCCAUUUAA